ACAACUAGAGCCUUUUGGAAACUAUUGUUAUCACAUAUUUACACGAGACUUGUUAAUGGGAGGUGUUACAGAGGAUAACCAGUAUGUGGUGGUGAGACGCAUCAGCUGCGGUGACGAUGUUUGUGUUUCUCAGCAUCACCGCCACACCCUCGUCAGAGUGCAGCAGCAGCAGCAGCAGCAGCAGCAGGACCAACAGCAGCAGCAUGAUGCGAGUCGCCCUGCUAGUUUUCGCUCUCACGGCGGUCUGCAAUGGCAUCCUCCCUGAGAUAGUGGACUCAGGCAUCAGUCACAUCCUGGAGGAUAAUUCCGACCAGAGACGAGCGGAGCUGGACCGCAUGUUGGUGGAAGUGGAGCAGCUGCCAGAGGAUCCGCAGAAGAAGCCUGCUGAUGAUGAGGAUGCGUCUCAUCAAAGGAGCAACGAGAGCGUCACUCUCAGCCCUCAGCCCAGUAACCUUCACCCUCCCAAUGACACUGAGUCUGGUAAAGUGACUGACAGUGAAUCUGUCCACACCUCAGCAGACCAGGAGAUGAACAACGUAACCACGGCCGACCAGUUCAGUGACCUGGGGAACAAUAUUGAUCAUGGAUGUAUGUCUGCUGAGGACUGCGGGAAGGAGAGGUACUGCCUUCAUGACACGCACAACUCCAGGUGUCUGCCUUGCAAAGCAAUGGACGUGUCCUGCACGAAGGACGAGGAGUGCUGCGGUGAACAGCUGUGUGUGUGGGGUCAGUGCAGUCAGAAUGCAACGAAAGGAGAAGCUGGCAGCACUUGUCAGUACCAGACUGACUGCAGCUCGGACCUCUGCUGCGCUCUCCAUAAAGCCCUGCUUUUCCCGGUCUGCUUGGCCAAGCCCAUUGAGCGUGAGCGCUGCUUGGGUGCCUCCAACCACCUGGCAGAGCUGUUGUCCUGGGACAUGCAGGGCCAGGGUCCCAGGAAACACUGCCCCUGCGCAGGAGAUCUCCAAUGCCAGCACCUGGGGAGAGGGUCCAUGUGCCUUAAAGGAGAGGACUCCAGUGAAGAGGACCUGACAGACAGCCUGUACUCAGAGAUAGACUACAUACUCUAGACAGCUUUUUUUGGUCCACAAGGCCUUGUAAACAACAUGACAAAUAGCACUUUGCUUGCCAGCCUAACCCAAAGUGGUAAAGCAUGGAAAACGGAUCAAAAUAUAUUUAUUUUAUUCGCUCUAAUUGAGACCUGAGGGUUACAAUCCCUGAAGGUUUCUGAAAAUGUAGAUAUGAGAAUCACUAACAGAGAACAGGAACUAUAUUUGCAAAGUCCUGUGUUGAUACUAAACGCUGCUACAUCUCUAUAUUGCACUGAAACCCGUAUCUAAUGCUACCCCUUAUCUAAAUGAGCUGCAACGCAGUCAGUAUAACUCUAGACACGGAAUAUCUGUAGAUCCCUCGCCUCACUGCUUUAAUCUGUGAGACCAAAAUAGAGAAAAGUUACCUUUGAGCCACUUAGUUUUCAGAUUGUUUACUUUAAGAAAGGAAGAAAAUGAAAUCAGAUUCAAUCAUGCUUCAUGUGCUGUGUGACUGAUACAACAGUAUCACAGAAGCAGGCAAUAAUAAAUAUUUGGGCUUCCAAGAAUUGCUCCCCUCAACAUGACAUAUACUGUAUAGUCAUCUACAGGAGGCCAACACAACCAUGAGGUGUCCGCCGAGCAUGUGUUAGCAUUUGUUAGCAGGAUACUGUAUUCUGCAUGUAAAAAGCCGCUGCCAACAACUAUUCAUGUUGCCAACUAGAAAGCUAAUAUGCAUCCUCAUAAAUGUCUUAUAAAACUGAAGCCAAAGGUUUGAUUAAGAGAAAUUCAAAUUCUAGCUGCCUCAGUACUUUAAUGUUGUUUAUAACAAUGGUUUUGUUUUUUUCCGCUUCCCUUUUCACUGUUCCCAAAAGAAAAUGUUUAGACAAACCCUGCAAAUUUUGCUCCAAGGUCUUCAUGUUGCUUCGUUCCACUGAGCCACUGUUUGUUUUUUAACGAGAUUCAAGCCUCAUGUCAGAGAUGACUUGCUAUUAUUCAUGAGGAGAAACGUCCACAAAGACAUGUUGUCAUUUACUCUCUCUAUAUUAAUAUGCAAUGUGUAUUCCUUACUUCAGUUUGAUUUUCAGUAACUGUAUUUGUUUUUUUUGUUGGCUGUCAGUGAACAAGGCUUAAAACAAGACCAUAUUUUGUGCUGGCGUUCAUGACUUUUCCCACAGCCUUAAAUCAUACGUGGACAUGUAUGUUGAUGGUGGUCCUAAAGCAAACGGUUGUCUUCAGUCACCCUGGCAGGUUAGUCCUCUGUUCAGGUGGAGCCGUAACAGAACUUAGAUAUCACAAACCUCUAUCUGCUAGUUAGAAUGAUGAUGUGUGAGUCCUGAGUAGAGUUCUGAUCAGUCAACAUGAGAGAAAACACUUGAGCAAAUGGAGCCUGAUUACCAAUUACCAAUGUUUCACAUGUAUUGUGGAUUUUCAUUAGUUUAUAUGAAAAUAAUACAAACCAACAGUGAGAACAGUCUUAGUUUAUACACCAUCGUAUGACCAAGACCUUGUUUGAAAUUUGAAUAGUAAUGAUAUAUUUCCAGACUAGUAAACUGACAGACUUUAGGCUCGUCAGCUUUGACGCUAUGAUAAUUAGAGUUCCAAAUGUUCAAUGUAGUUGACUGAGUUUAAAUCUCAGCAGUUGUCUACACCACCAUUUCCAUCUCAUGUAGCACAAUUCCUGGGAAAAACUGUUUUUGACCCCAACAUGUCAUGUUGCUUGUUUGUGCUGCGUCUUUCAUGCAGUGCAUUCCAGGCUGGAAGGUGCAAUACUAAAGGCAGCAAUACCUGAUGUAUGUGUAAAUGUUAACAGCAUACUUGUGCUGAUGUUACCUCCCAUACAGCUACAACUGUCAAAAAUAACCACUGCACUGUUCACAAGCACUUGAAACCUGACAUGCGGCCUGUGUAACUGAAAGAAUAAACUUUUGUUAAAGGACA